AUGUGGGAGGUGAUGGGGUGGAGAUGACCUGUGAUGGAUAGACAUCAUGUUAAAUGCUGAGAGUGGUAGACACCCUGGGUCAAACCGGAGAUUGUAUCGGCAUGUCUGAAAGAUAGUUUCCUUCAUGCAUUUUUAGUGUGGGCAGCAGUUGAUUGCCCAUUUUACCUCUAUAAGAAUGUUUCUGUUUCAUUUUUUUGUAUAUGUACUGUAUUUUCAUGAUAGUGUUAAAUAUUAUUUUCAGGAUCAACUUCCGACCUCUACUAAUGAUAUUUACCAGGCUGCAGCCAAACUGUGGGAGCCUUGGUUGAAGCCAGAAGCCCUUGUAACUCAAAGAGAAGGUAAGCUGCUUGUGGCUAGGACGUGAGAGAGAACUCAUUUUAGGCCUGCUGAUCAGGCCUCUUGGUACUUUGCAAUUAUUUUUUGCAUUGUUUUUAAUGUCCAUAAACAUUACAUAUUGAUCACCAUUGCAGAACUCACAAUAACUUGACCCAGCACACAAUAACCUUACCUUGAAUUUUUUGUCCUGCGGGUCUCAGUUGGUAGAGCAUGACACUUGCAACGCCAUGGUUGUGGGUUCAAUUCCCACGGGGAACCAGUAUGAAUGAAAAUGUAUGCACUCACUACUCUAAGUCACGCUGGAUAAGAGUGUCUGCUAAAUGACUAAAAUGUAAAAAUGUAAGUGUCCAUUUUGUGAAGGCGGAUUUUACUCUCAGUUGAUGCAGCCCAAGCUGCGACUGAUAAGCCUGAACACAAUCCUAUACUACAGUGCCUUGCAAAAGUAUUAAUCCUCCAUGGCGAUUUUCCUAUUUUGUUGCAAUACAACCUGUAAUUUAAAAUGCUUAACUGGCCUAUACACAAUACCCCAUAAUGUCAAAGUGGAAUCAUGUUUUUUUAUUUAUGUUUUACAAAUUAUUUAAAAAUGAAAAGCUGAAAAUGUCUUGAGUCAGUAAGUAUUCAAUCCAUUUGUUAUGGCAAGCCUAAAUACGUUCAGGAGUAAAAAUGUUCUUAACAAGUCACGUAAUAAGUUGAAUGGACUCACUUUGUGUGCAAUAAUAGUGUUCAAUAUGAUAUUUGAAUGACUACCUCAUCUCUGUACCCCACACAUACAAUUAUCUGCAAGGUCCCUCAGUCGAGCAUUGAAUUUCAAACACAGAUUCAUCCACAAAGACCAGGGUGGUUUUCCAAUGCCUCGCAAAGAAGGGCACCUAUUGGUAGAUGGGUAAAAAUUACAUUGAAUAUCCCUUUGGUCAUGGUGAAGUUAUUAAUGAAACUUUGGAUGGUGUAUCAAUACACCCAGUCACUACAAAGAUAUAGGCGUCCUUCCUAACUCAGUUGCUGGAGAGGAAGGAAACCGCUCAGGGAUUUCACCAUGAGGCCAAUGGUUACUUUUAAACAGAGUUUAAUGGCUCUGAUAGGAGAAAACUGCAGAUGGAUCAACAACAUUGUAGUUAGUCCACAAUACUCACCUAAUUGACAGAGUGAGAAGAAGGAUGCCUGUACAGAAUACAUUUUUUCCUAAACAUGCAUCCUGUCUGCAACAAGGCUAUAAAGUAAUACUGCAAAACAUAUGGCAAAGGAAUUAACUUCUGGUCCUGAAUACAAAGUCUUAUGUUUGGGGAAAAUCCAACACAACACAUCCCUGAGUACCACUCUCCAUAUUUUCAAGCAUUGUGCUGGCUGCAUUAUGUUAUGGGUAUGCUUGUAAUCAUUAAGGACUGUGGAGUUUUUCAGGAUAAAAAAAACAGGAAUGGAGCUAAGCACAGGCAAAAUCCGAGAGGAAAACUUGGUUCAGUCUGCUUUCCACCAGACACUGGGAGGUGAAUUCACCUUUCAGCAGGACAAUAACCUAAAACACAAGGCCAAAUCUACACUGGAGUUGCUUACCAAGAAGACAGGGAAUGUUCCUUAAUGGCCGAGUUACAGUUUUGACUUAAAUCUGCUUGAAAAUCUAUGGCAAGACCUGAAAAGGGUUUUCCAGCAAUGACCAACAACCAAUUUGACAGAGCUUGAAGAAUUUUGAAAAGAGUAAUGGACAAAUGUUGCAUAAUCCAGGUGUGGAAAGCUCUUAGAGACUUACCCAGAAAGACUCACUGCUGAAGGUGAUUCUAACAUGUAUUGACUCAGGGGGUUGAAUACUUAUCUAAUCAAGAUAUAUUAGUUUUAUUUUCAUUGAAGUUUUUUACAAAUGUUAAAAUUUUUCUUCCACUUUGACAUUUGAGUAUUUUGUGUAGAUCGUUGACAAAGAAUUACAAUUAAUCAAUUUUAAUCUCACUUUGUAAAACAACAAAAUGUGGAAAAACUCAAGGCAUGUGAAUACUUUCUGAAGGCACUGUAGCUACAUUACUUAGUAGAUGGAAUAUGUCUAGCCAGGUGAGGAUGGCUUCUGAAUAGUCCUGCAUGGAUUCUAAGCACCAGAAGACUGCUUAUACAGGAUAUAACAUGGAAGACUGACAUAUCUUUUUAAAGCAAGGUUUGACUCCAAACCAGUCCUAUGGUGCCUAAACAUGCUGUUUCUCCUGUCAUUGCUCAUGUUCCAGUGGGUUACUUGCCCUAUGCCAGGAAUACCACCGUCGUCAGAGAAGUCUACAAUGAGAGACUUGUGAAGACCUUUCGCAACUACAGUGACAUCAUCUCAGGGCAUUUCUAUGGCCACACUCACAGAGACAGCAUAAUGGUCUUGCACAAUCAGCAAGGUAAGUCACUGGAUAGUGUCAAGGCUCUGUGUUGGAUAAGUGACUGUCAUCAAGGGGUAACUAGUAUUGAUUAACUUAUAGUAUUGAUAGCAUUAAUAGUAUUCAAUAGAUAAUAUGCUGUAAACUUAAUCAUACCCUCUUUUGCCAAAGUGCAUUUUUGUCUGGUAAGUGACUGGGUCAGGAUGAGGUUUGAACAUUAUUUUUAUCUAUCAUCAAAUUAAUAAUAGUAAUAAUAAUAAUAAUAAUAUGCCAUUUAGCAGACGCUUUUAUCCAAAGCGACUUACAGUCAUGCGUGCAUAAUUUUUUUUGUGUAUGGGUGGUCCCGGGGAUCGAACCCACUACCUUGGCGUUACAAGCGCCGUGCUCUACCAGCUGAGCUACAGAGGACCACAUUGAAAUUAGGAACUAUCCUUCCUACAAACCAACGAGGCAUCAUAUGCUGAGUGACCUUUUGUACCUUUCCAACUAUAAUGACGCAUUUAGAACAUGUUCAACUACUCAGACAAUCCACAUCCACCAAUGUGACCCAUUAACCUCCUGUGGGUUCAGUGUUAUCAUGACUGUCAGUGUUGGCUAGAAUCCCCACAGCCACAAAAAUGCUUGUUUGUAUAAUUAGCUAGCUUAAUGCAAUGGAGGAGGAACUAAGGAAUUAAUGCCUUUAGCCAUGUAUUUAUUUAACCAAAUCAUCAUUUGUUUGCUUUGAAGGGGAGCCAAUUAAUAAUUCCCUGUUUGUCACACCGGCUGUUACUCCAAUCAAAAGUGCAGAAGAGCCGUACUCCAACAACCCAGCCUUCCGCAUGUCCCACUAUAACCCAUAGGACUACGGGCAGCUGGUAAGUGGGGAACUCAGUUAACUUGUAAACCACCAUUAUCCGGGGGUUUGGGACAAUCUACUUUCAUUUGAACAUGUUUGGAAAUAUCCAUUCAUUAUGUAUUAUCAUCCUCAUGUCUAACAUUAACCCUCUCAAGGUGAUGUAGUUAGGCUGAACUUAUUUAAUCAUUACCAUGCAGAGGUUGAUUUCAGUUCUGCAUUUUCACUUCCCCUCCUAUAAUUUUCAUAAGGUCAACACUGAUCUGUCCUUGUAUUGGUAUAUCAAAGUACAGUUUCUUCAGAGCAAUCCCAUUGGGAUUCUCGUUCAUACAGCAUAGAGCUCAGAGUAGCUUACAGGUGAUUUCAGCAUGCCCCAAAGACGGGAGCUCAAACAUGUAAGCGCCACAGUCAACAGUGGGGAGGGCACAGCCUUUGAAAAUCACCGUCAGUCUCUUUGUAACUCUACUUCCUGGGGUAAUCUGUUAAGAAAAGGCCUUGUGGAAAAUAAGAACGAAUCAGAAAACUCUUGACUAUACUUUUUCAAAUGAGGAGCAUUCAGUCUCAACAGCUUAACAAACCCCUAGACCAGGGUUCCCCAGCUGGUGGCCAUUUUGGGGGGAGGGAGGAGGGGAUUUUCAUUGUUGGACAUAAAAGACUGUAAAACCCCCAGGAAAUCAGCUCCAAAUGAUUAUACAUUUUGGAAAUCUAUUCCCUAUUAUUACCAUGCAUAAUAGAGAGAGAGACACGUGAUCGUAUACAAAUGUAAGCAAGGCUUGAAAUUAUUAUGUUUUAGUAAAAUAUUAUAUUGGUUUGGGCUUCUUGCAGUCAAUUUGCAGUCUACAAAUGAUUUGUAAUCAUGUUCUGGCUUCCCGACCAUCCGCUCAAGAAAAAAUCGUCCCGCGGCUGAAUCUAGUUGAUGAUCCCUGCCCUAGACCCACAGCAAUGCUGUUCCUUCAUGAUUAAUGGUACUGUCAUUCAUAACACAUCUACUUCUAAUCAAGGGACUCUCUCAGAGCGAUUUUUUUUUAUAUUGCUUUUCAUGGUUUUGAAAUAGUCUUUCUCUCUCUGAAGGAUAUUUGGCAGUACUACUUGAAUCUCACCGAAGCCAAAGAUCUGACUGGAAAAUUGAAUACGUAAUGACUGAACCGUUUGGAUGAAAGGAUACUCAACCACACAGCUUGUUUAAACUUGCCCUGAGUUUAGAGAUGCAGCAAAGCGAAGUGGUUCAGAAGUAUUUUUGCGAUUUUAUGGUGAGCUAUGAUGAUACCAUUGUGGGUGAUGGGGCCUGCAAGCUGACUCAGGUCUGUGAGGUGCAGUCCUUGGACCAUACCUCCUAUUUCAAAUGUAUUGAAAAUGGACACUAA